AUGUUAAGACAAACGGUUGGUAGAUCUGUUGUCAAGAGAUUAAGUUCUGUUGCUAAAAAAGAAAUAGUUGGAUCUGCUUCUUUGAGUUAUAGACUUAGAAGCUCCAAACCUACGACAAGAUUUUAUUCUACUAGAUCAACCGUAGUUCAAUUAUUGAACAACAUUGGAUCUAAAAGAGAAGUUGAACAAUAUUUGAAAUAUUUUACUUCUGUUUCUCAACAACAAUUUGCUGUUAUUAAAGUCGGUGGGGCAAUUAUAACGCAACAAUUACCUGAGUUAGCUUCAUGUCUCGCAUUCUUAUACCACGUUGGAUUGUAUCCGAUUGUGUUACAUGGUACUGGUCCACAGAUCAAUGAAUUAUUGGAGAAUGAAGGUGUUGAACCUGAAUAUCUGGAUGGUAUUAGAAUUACGAAUCCUAAAACCAUGGAAGUAGUCAGAAAAUGUUUCUUGGAGCAAAACUUAAGAUUAGUUACUGCACUUGAAAAGAUGGGUGUUCAUGCUAGACCAAUAACAGCAGGUGUUUUUGGAGCUGAGUAUUUGGAUAAAGAUAAGUACCAAUUAGUUGGUAAAGUUACUUCAGUCAAUAAAUCGCCUGUUGAAUCUGCCAUUGAAGCCGGUUAUUUGCCUAUUUUAACUUCGUUGGCUGAAACUCCUUCUGGUCAACUCUUGAAUGUGAAUGCUGAUGUGGCUGCUGGUGAAUUAGCAAGAGAAUUCGAACCAUUAAAGAUUGUUUACUUAAACGAGAAAGGUGGUAUUAUUAACGGUAAUACCGGUGAAAAAGUGAGCAUGAUUAACUUAGAUGAAGAAUAUGAAGACUUGAUGAAAGAAAGUUGGGUCAAAUAUGGUACUAAGUUGAAGAUUAAAGAAAUUCAUGAUUUAUUGCAACAUUUACCAAGAUCCUCGUCUGUUGCUAUCAUUGAUGUUGAUGAUUUACAAAAGGAAUUGUUUACUGACUCUGGGGCUGGAACUUUAAUUAGAAGAGGUUAUAAAUUAAUCAGCCGCAAUUCUUUGAAAGAAUUCGGUAAUCCUGAUUUAUUAAGAGCUGCAUUAUUAAGAGACCCAGAAAUUAAAUCUGGUAAAUUAUCUGUUGCAUCUUACUUAAAACAUUUAGAAUCUGUUGAAUUCAAAUCUUAUGGUGAUGAACCAUUAGAAGUGUUAGCCAUUGUUACUAAAAAUGGCUCUCAUGUUCCAAAGUUGGAUAAAUUUUUGUCAUCAAGAACGGGAUGGUUGAACAAUGUUACCGAUAACAUUUUUAACUCCAUCAAGAAGGAUUAUGAAUCAUUAUACUGGAUAGUGAGUGAAAAUGACUCAAACUUGUCGUGGUACUUUUCAAAAUCUGACGGUUCAUUUUCAAAGAACGGUGAAAUCUUGUUUUGGUACGGUUUGAAUACCGAAGACGUUUCAGAGUUAAUUAAUCAAUUCGAUUCUGCUAGUAUUGGAUCUGCUUUAUCGUCCUCGAAUGAGUCUGGAAUUUUCAGUUCCCCAACCCAAAAGAAGGGUUUCCACACAAUGGCUCGCCGUUCUUAUUCAAGUAACCCUAAUCCUCCAAUUCGUGAAGGUACGAACACUAAAAAAGCUAAGGUUGCCCUUAUUGGUGCAAGGGGUUAUACUGGACAAAAUUUAAUAAGUAUGAUUGAUAGCCACCCAUACUUAGAAUUAUCUCACGUUUCUUCUCGUGAAUUAAAGGGCCAAAAAUUAAAGGGUUAUAAUAAAGAUAAUAUAGUCUAUUCUAAUUUACAAAUCGAGGAUAUUAAGGAACUUGAAAAGAAUAAUGAGGUGGAUGUUUGGGUUAUGGCAUUACCAAAUGGUGUCUGUAAACCAUUCGUUGAUGCAAUUGAAUCUAUUCCUAAUAACAAAUCCAAGAUUAUCGAUUUAUCUGCCGAUUACAGAUUUGAUACUACCGGUGAAUGGGUUUAUGGUUUACCUGAAUUGAAUGAUCGUGCUACAAUUGCGUCUGCUAAGAAAAUCUCAAAUCCAGGUUGUUACGCUACAGCAGCUCAAUGUGCAAUUGCACCUUUAGUGCCUUACAUUAAUGGUACUCCUUCCAUAUUUGGUGUUUCGGGUUAUUCUGGGGCUGGUACUAAACCAUCACCUAAGAAUGAUGUCAAGUUUUUGGCCAAUAAUAUAAUUCCUUACUCUUUGACUGACCAUGUACAUGAAAAGGAAAUUAGUAGCCAAUUAGGUUUGGAUGUUGCAUUUACACCACACGUUGCACAAUGGUUUCAAGGUAUUUCUCACACUAUUUCAAUUCCUAUUAAACCAAAAUCCUUAACUUCUCGUGAAAUCAGAAAUAUUUAUCAAGAUAGAUAUCAAGGCGAACAAUUGAUUACCAUAAGUGGUGAGGCCCCAUUGGUUAAGGAUAUUAGUGGUAAGCACGGUGUUGUUGUGGGUGGCUUUGCAGUUAAUUCAAAAGAAGAUAGAGUUGUUAUUGUUGCCACUAUAGAUAACUUAUUAAAAGGUGCAUCAACACAAUGUUUACAAAAUAUUAAUUUGACCAUGGGUUAUGGUGAGUUUGAGGGAAUUCCUGACGAUUUAGUCAUAAGAGGUUAG